AUGGCGUCGUCCAGCACGUCGUUCUCGCAGUUCGACGAGGCCAAGCCCUCCGCCACGACCCUAUUAUGGCAGGCGGCCCAUUAUCGACCGCGAACACAUCGGACAAAGGCAAUUGCCUUUUCAGUGCUCUCGUUUUUACUUCUUCUAUGGAUGAUAUCGUCGUCUCGGCACCAACACGAGCCGGACUUUUGGGCCAAGUUCCCAUCGCGUCACCCAUUUCCUGAACGCCCGGAAGAUGCGCAGGUCGCUCUUCCUCGAAAAUCAGAUAUCUCUGUCAACGAUACCCUUCCCCAUGAUCUGGAGAAGACAAACCCCCACCUCCAUGUCCUUGUUCCGACCGUGAAGGGCUCCCGCGGCGCCUGUCGCACGAUGACAUCUGCUAUGAUACUGGGAUAUCCGCCGCCAACGUUGAUCGGCUAUGGCCAUGAGAAGCCCGGGGCGACUGAGUUGGAGCGUACAGUGGAGCGGAUCACCCGCGUGCGGGAUUAUCUCAAGAAUAGCCGUAUGGUUAAGGAUCGGGAUUUUGUCUUGCUGGUCGAUGCCCAGGAUGUAUUCUUUCAAUUACCCCCGCGAGUCUUGGUGGAGCGGUUCCAGGACCUCCUGCGCAAGAACAAUCAGAAGCUGGAGAAGAAGUAUGGCUAUGCCAAGGUUGAAAAGGCCAAUGGCGCUCCACCGGAUCUGGUGCAGAAGUAUACUCAGCGUGUACUAUUCGGGGCUAGCAAGGUUUGCUACAGUGCCCUGGACAGCGAUCCUGGAUGUGUGUCUGUUCCGGAGUCAUCUUUACCACCAGAUGUGUACGGCUGGAAGACAGAUGUCCACCCUGAUGGGCAUUUGACCCGGCCUCGAUGGUUGAAUCCUGGCGCAGUAGUUGGCCAGGCCGCUGAUCUGAGACUCAUCUACGAUGAGGUUUUACGUGUGAUGGAGCUACGCCAUAAGAAGCAUGGCGACUACCAAGCCCUAACCCAGAUCUUCGGACGACAGGAAGUGGUCCGAGAACUGGAACGACUUCGCACGGUGAGCGGAGUCAAAGAAUGGUUCUACGGAAUGCUGGGUAUAUCCGAUGCAGGUAAGAUUGACGGCAUCAGUGUCCGCCUCGAGAGUGGCCAUCGCUAUGAAUACGGCAUCGGUGUAGACUACGAGUCCCACCUCUUCUUCAACCAGAUCCUCUCGCGCAACGACGUCGAGUGGAUCAAAUUCAACAAUAUCACCAAGACUUCCCUCCUCCAGGGCCAAUUCGGUGUUCCACGAGAACACCGUCUCCUCCUACCAGAAGACAUCGCCGCCCUCCCAAACCCCUUCAACCAAACCCGCUUCGCCAGGGAACAAACCACCGCACCAGCCUACAACACUACCCUGGAUAAACUCCCAAACCCGAAAGAGCACUCGUGGAAUAACAUCCCUCUCAUGACAAACCCGCACUCCGCCUCUGUCCCGGUCCUAGUCCAUCUCAACGGAGACCCGAAGUUGCGCAAUACGUGGUGGGAGAAGAUGUGGUUCUUCCCCUGGGCCCGCGCCUUGCUGAGACGAUACGUCCGCUCCGCGCACGACUUCGAUGCCGCGCAGUCUGCGCUCCUGGGUGGCCAGGACUGGUGGGAUAUGCGUGGUGGACGUGGUGGACUCUGGACCGACGAUAAGAAUUGGGUUACGCUCUCUGAAGUCUGUGAGGGCCAGGAGCGAGACUUGUUUGAUGAUGACCUUGGUCCGUGGGCUAAGGAGAAUGGUGAUCCAGAGGUGCCGAUUUAUAACCAGUUUGGGAAUUUGAUUAAGGGGAAGGAGAGGGAGGAGGAUGAGUAUCUCUAG